CGUAACAGUAAAGCAGGAAAUGACUCAUCAUCAUCAAUAACCCCCAGCAGGGCCACAGUCCAAGUCCGAUGUCCUCCCGCGACCACGCCACCGCCGCGUUCAUCGCGCAACUGUCAACAGUCGGAGACGGAGCCGUCGCUGGAAUCCUCCUCUCCCUAUGUGCUGCCGGAUCCUGGAUCAAGUACGCUACCACCUCCGCCGCCCUCCGUCGCAUCAAAGACGCUCCGAUCGCACAAAUCUCCGACCUCCGGUGGCUCAUAAACCCUAGCGACGGUGACGGAGAUCGAGACGGGGAUGGGAGACUCGUCGUCGUCCGCGGCCGCGUGCAGCCUAAGCCUUCUUUCGACGCGAGCUGGAUCGGUGGUAAGAGCCGUCUCAUCUCGCAGGGUUCAGGGGAUAGGGCAGUUGUUGUGAAGCAGAUUCAGACGGUUCCCUUUGUUCUUGUGGAAGCUACUCAGAGGCCUAGCUCAGGGUUUGUUAAUGUUUCUUUGGAGGGUUCUGCUCACCCACUCCCUCUCACUACUGUUUAUCAUCAGUUACACCCUGUGCAACCUACAGCUUAUACAUUUUUCCAGGUCAUCUUUGGUAAUGGGUACCCCGUUGCACUACUGGAUGAAGAAAAGAUUCUUCCAGUUGGAAAGGAGAUCACUGCAGUUGGCAUUUGCAGAAUAUUUGAAGGAUCUCUUGAAAUCAGAUCAUGUCCGGAUCUUCCAUGUUUUUUGUCUGAUAAGACAAAGGAUGAAAUAGAAGUGGAUCUUGCUGUUGACAGUCGGAUUUUGUUUUGGAGCGGCAUUGUGCUUGGAACAUUGUCCAUUGGUAUAUUGGGCUAUGCUGUUGUCAGCCAUGGUGGGAUGCCCCUCUCUAUGCCUCAUGGACAGGGACGGAUCCACUCAGGGAGCACUGGGAAUGGUAAUGCUGUUAAUGAAUGCCUGCUUAGCAAGAAUCUUAACCAUGGUGCUACUCGAGAGCAACAAAAUGAAAGUGCGGUACAAAGCAACAGUGAUGAAGAGUUGGGAGAUGUACCUGAUGGGCAGCUUUGUGUCAUCUGUCUUACAAGGCAGAGAAGAUCUGCUUUUAUUCCUUGUGGACAUCUUUCCUGUUGCCCUAGGUGUGCCAUGUCAGUUGAACAUGAUUUGUCACCCAAGUGUCCAGUCUGUCGACAGAGUAUUCGGUCGUCCAUCAGGAUUUAUGAUUCUUGAGAUACGUGGAUGAGCUGCAAACUGAGAUAAAAUCUGAGGAGCUGCUGAACAUUGGGCACGCAUCAAUUGAAGAACACAGCUGACCGACAAAACUUGACUACUACAGAUCAUAUACAGGUUCAUGGUGAUAAGAAAUUAUCUCACUUAGCUGGAAGAUAGGUUAUAUGACUGGACAAGAGCAUAAACCUUUUUCAGACGGAUGUAUCACACUUCUUUUUCAUUGCAAGUUGGAUUUCUCAAUCCAGCUGCGAUUGAACAAUCAAAUUUGUUGUAAGCUUUUGGCCAUUUGUUGUAUAUGUAGUUCAUAGGCCGAAGUUUGUAAAUAACAUGGCUGUAAUCUGCUCCUUAUAAUCUUCAAACCAA